AUGAUAGGAACAAGAGUCAGACUUGGAAGUGGAAUACUCCCCCUUAGGUCAUUUACUACCCGUUCAUCUGCAUUACUUCAAAAGGAACAAAAAGGGUUCAAAACUCCCGAGGAAUACGUGAAACAAGUAAAACAAGACAAGAGAAAACAUCAAAAAUUUAAAAAAUCAUUAUUAGAAGCUGAAUUCAAGUAUGAACCAAAGGUAUUAAGUAGUGAAAAUGUCGAAGGUAAAGUAGUUCCUUUGAAUGUUGAAUUAUUACAAUAUAAACCAUUAAGAAUAGAACCUACUCAUGGUGAUGAAGUUGCUACUCUUCAAUUUAAAGGACAUGAAGAAGAUGAUUUAAUUAGAGCUGGUGAAUUUGCUCUUAGAGCUGCUUUUUAUUUAGGUAUACCAAUGUCUACAUUGAAGUCGUUGAAAACUCAAAAGACAUUAUAUACUGUUAUUAAAGCACCAUUUGCCAUGGCAAAAUCCAAACAAAAUUUCCAUAGAACUACUUAUUUUAAAGAAGUGAAAGCAUAUGAUGCCAAUCCUGAAUUAAUUGAUUUAUGGUUGUCUUAUAUCAAUAGAUAUAAAUUGGAAAAUGUUGAAUAUAAUGCAAGUAUUGUUGCUCAUGAAAGUUUGACAUUCCAUGAAGAACUUAAGAAAUUGGAUGAAUUCAAAUUACCUGAAGCUUAUGAUGAUAUUCAAGAUCCAAUUGCAAAGAAGGUUAAAGAAUUACUUGGAUCUGCAUCAUUCAAGAGACAUCUUUAA